GAGAGAGAGAGAGAGGCACUCCUUUUGCAGAGAAAGAGAGAGAGAGAGGGAGAGAAAGAGGGAGAGACGUCCAGAAAGCUUUGGAGCAUUGAAAGAAGAAAGAAGACUCGCUGCUGCCAGAUUUCCACACUCCAAAACCAAAAACAAAGUGACUACUUUUCCUUGAAAAAGUUAGAAAAGCGGCCAUGGACGGGAUAACAUUCGGACGCACGUCGCUCCUGUGCACCUUGCUGCUCUGGGCAUUUCAAGUGUGUAAUGGAGCUGUGAUGGUGAAGACGGCUCCUAAAGUGGAAGUGUUGAAAGGAGAUACUGCCAAACUGCCAUGCACGCAUACUGUCUCACCACCAUCAGGCAACACUGUUGUAGAGUGGUUCUAUGUAAUCCAGGAGGAUCAGGGAACCAGGAAGCGCGUGGCUUUUUCUCAGGGUGGCGUUGGAAAAAGUGACGAAGGCACCCUUCUGUCUGGACGUGUCACUAUUGGAGCAGACUUCACUUUGACCAUCACCUCGGUUCAACCCUCCGACGAGCUCAAAUUCUUCUGCCAGGUCACCGCCGGUCCCGCUGGGGUUGGAGAUGCUGAAACUCUGGUCAAAGUCUUCCAUGCUCCUGAGAAGCCAGAACUCACCCAGCCAUCAACUCAGGCCAUUACUGCUGGAGAGAGUACCAGCUCACCGAUCGGUACCUGUGUGUCGAUGAACGGGCAUCCCCUGCCCAGAAUUAUCUGGUUCAAAGAUGACCAGCCCCUGCCUGAGGUCAAGGACAGGAAAGAGAAGACCAACAUGAUUUCCUCCGUGGUGAAGGAGGCAUCUGGUCUCUUAACCCUCAAGAGCACCCUGCACAUGCAGCCCACCAAGGCAGACAAGGACUCUGUGUUCACGUGCACCGUGGAGUACAUGAUGCCAGGAGACCAGAUCAAAGAGAAGAAGUCAAACGCCAUCAAAAUCAACCUCAACUAUCCCUCUGAGAAAGCAACCUUUACACUGGUUAACACUAGUCCAGUCAAGGAAGGUGAUGUUGUUGACAUGAAGUGUGAGACUGAUGGAAACCCUCAACCUGAGUUUGAGUUCUCUAAAGAUGGAGAAACCAUCCUUGGUAAGGCUGGCCUUCUGCAGCUCAAGUCAGUCAAACGCACUGACAGUGGUCUGUACAAGUGCCUAGCCAUUGAUUACGAUAACCUGGACGCUGACCUGAGUGGAACUAUCAACCUCGUUGUCAACUACAUCGACCCAGUGAGUGUGACCCCUGCUCAGACUCAAGAAGUCAUGCUUGGAGAUAAAGUGGAGUGGCAGUGUAAGACCAAGGCCUCGUCUACGCACACUGUUCAAUGGCUAAAGGGCUCUGAGGUGCUCUCACAGGACGGCACGCUGUCAAUACAAGAUGUUUCCUAUGAUAAUGCUGGAGAGUACAUGUGCGUUGGAGCCGUGCCAGAUGUGCCAGGACUGACAGCCAAAGCUAGUGUCAACCUCACUGUCAAAGGAAAGCCGAUGAUCGAGGCUCCCGCCAUCGCAGAGGUGUCAAAGGAAGGAGACAUGGUGACUCUGAAGUGCUCUGCCUUUGGCUCUCCACCCCCUCAGUUUACCUGGAAGCAGUCAGGAAAAGAGUCGGUAACAGUGGAAGGUAACAAGGUGGUGAGCACCAUAACCCUCCCAGCCACGGCCGAGGUCAUGAAGAACGGCGUGAUCUGCGAGGUCUCCAACGAGCACGGGACUGAUAGCAAGACCUUGCCGGUAUCUCUCAAAAGAGCAAUUGACAACUCAGCCGACAGAGUGCUGCUCUCUGGAAACCCUGUGCUUAAGUCAGCUGACAAGCAGCAGGGAGGCUCCAGCGGGGUGGUGAUAGCCGUGGUGGUGUGUGUUCUGCUGCUCCUGCUGCUGGUGGCUCUCAUCUACUGCCUGAACAAGAAGAACAAGCUGCCCUGCAGCAAAAAGGACAAGAAGGAAGUGGCCAGCGGCGAGGUCAACAACGACAUCGUGGUGGAGAUGAAGACAGACAAGGCCAAUGAAGAGGCCGGUCUCCUCAACAAGAGACCGACCACAGAACAGUGAUGAAUGAAGACAAUGGAAGUAGCCGACAGAGGGAUGAAGGGAAGGAGGAGAACAAGUUAUGAAGAGGGCUAAUUUUUAUUCACUAUACAUGACUGUGGGGGGACAACAAGAGGUGGAACAUGGACUUUGGUUUGUUUUUGGGGACCUCGGGAGGCACACCAUGUUUGGCAUUGGCUAUACUUGUUUUAUAACCUGUAGUAGAUCGUUUUGGAUGGAGUUUCUCCCUUUUUUUUGUUAUAAACUCCAUCCAUAUAUGCUACCACGGGUUUAAAACCAUACAGGUGCAAAAUCACAACGUGAAAUCACUGGAUGACAAUAUCACCAUGGCUUCUUUUUGAUUCUUCUUUACCAAUCACAUCUUUGGUUGACUCCUCUGUAGAAUAGUGCUGCACAGCGAGGCGCGGCUAACACGGUCCAAACACGGUGGCUCAAUCUUUCUUAUCUACCCCAAAUGAAACAUAAAAUGCCAUUAAGCCACGCUGUGUGUGUGUUAGUGUCCGCACGCUGAAUGUCUAUUCUGCCUUGGAGUCUGCACUUAAAUUCUCUGCUCUCUGCUGGGUAUAUUGGGGAAAAUUAUCACACAGUGCCAUUCUGUUUUUAUUCACCUCAAUAACAAGUGAUGAUUUACGCUCACAACAUUUAAUCCCUCAGCCCACUGUUUGGCACACACGCAGCUGUAACAUUUCCGCUCAAAGAAGCUCUGUGUUUGCUUUAGUGCUGUUUGUUUAAUUGCAUUUUUGCCACCUGUGAAUGUUUUUUCCAAUAUCCCUAAUUAGUUUUCCGUAGAAGCAGCCCAGACAUUUAAUAACGCCAAUCCUUUCCUUUUAAAUUGCUUGCCUUUUUUUUUUUUUUUUUGUAAAUCCAGCUUAAAAGCCAGCAAAACAAGCAAGUUAUUAGGUUGUACAAAUUUGUUCUUGCCAUUUCCACCAUACUAGUAUAUUAUCUUAGUACAUCAAUUGUUCACUUUGUUCUCCUGUUGUCGCUGUAAAUUCAAAUACUACUAUCAGCCUGUCUAUCAAGCAGGAGGUUUACUGUGCAUGUGGUGGAGUUCAAAGUGUCUGCUGGCCUGGGACCGUAAUUGCUACCAUUUCUUCCAGAGUCCUUUGCAGCUUUUCAGUCGUCUGAUCCGGGAUGAAACCAUUCUCCCAAGUGCAGCGAGAAACGGUUCUGCUCAGAAAGCCCAAUUAUCAUCAGCUUUCACUGUAAAAUUGGUGAAUUUUGCCGAAAUGGCCGACAAGCUCAAAAUGUAGCCUGCCGUGUUUUUUUUCCCCCCCGUGACAACAAAAUGGGACUUUAAGGGGCCACGGCGCAGUAGUCACAGAUUCACCUGUUAGGAGAAAUCACUGGUUCACUCUAGUUUGAUACAAGCAGGGAAGGGAAGGGAAGGUGUGGGAGGGAGCGGGGGUUGGUUGAAGUAUGUGAUGUACCUUUUAUUUUUACCAAAUGGAAGCGUUUUUGAGUGUCACAGCAGGAGUGUUUCUGUGUUUAGGUACGAAAUACUGGCAUUUUUUGUUUCUCCCCUACACUGUCGGCAGGCCAGAGAGGUUUGAUAGCGGGUUGACGUGCCCUUUAACUUUGUUGUACACUGGAACCAAUGGCCUUGUUUUUUUUUCCUUGAAAGAAUGUCACCUCAAACCACUAUCUCUGCUCACAAGGCUGGUUUUAUUUUGUAAUGUCUGUCUACUGAUCUUGCCAUAUUGACUGUUAGCAAACCUGUGGUGGCAGGUGAAGAUAGAAAAGUGAACUUGGAGCAUCGUUCUUUUGAUUUUUUAAUGUUUUAUAUAAAAAAUAUUGUGGUAUAAAAGUUGUUUUUUUUUCUAGAAAGGGGGAUUCUUUAUUUUGGAACUACUGAGUUUUCAUUUUCCCAUGCUUUUCCACUCGCUCUGAGAGAAGAGAGAAAUGUUUUUGUUUUUUUAGGAUUCUUUUUUAUGAGAUAUUCUCAGUGCUUUACUUCUCUCUCUCUGUACUGUAUACUGUAUAUUUUGUGGUACGCUGUUGUGACCUCUGUGGUGUGUUGAUGUAUCUUUUUAUUUUGUUCCAGCUGUGUAGAAUUUAUAAUGAAACAAAACUCAAGAAAACCAAUCACAACACUGUAA